UCAAGUUGUUUUGCUGAGGAGGAUUUGAAUGAACUGUCUAAAAGUAUUAAUUUUUGAUAGUAAGUUUUGUUUUAGUAGAUCUAGUAUUAUGAGUGUCACUUUUCGUCGGAGAGAUUAGUCAUUGAUCAGUGGAAAUGAAUUAGUAUACUAGUUAAUAAUUUAAUUUAUGUGAAUGAAUAAUGAUUACUUUAAAUGAAAUCUUUUAUCAGCAAGCCUAGUCUGUUUGAGCUAUGAUAUCCCAUUCACGGAAAACAUUUCUUACAUCCUUUGAAUCACUUAUCAGUACAUUGUUUUAAAACUGUACUAAUCAUUGAAUAAAUUAUACAUUAUGAAUUCAUUUCUGGACGAACUUUGUGGUACAGCGUUUUGGGACUCCAAUAUCACAUGGCAUACUGAAGAUCCUGAUUUAACUCCAUGUUUUGAGAAGACAGUCCUUUUAUGGUUCCCAGGUGUAUUCUUACUUAUAUUCCUUCCUCUAGAGUUUGGCUGGAUCAAUCGAAGCAAAGCAAAACAUAUUCCUUGGUCAUGGCUGAAUGUUUCCAAAAUCGUUGUGAUAGGCCUGCUCAUGGCAUUCAGUGUGGCCAACCUAACAUAUGUGUCCCAACAGAGGAAUGGAUACCCGGCUGAUUUUGCUGCCCCUAUAGUGCAAUUUUUUGUAUAUAGCCUGAUCAUGAUCCUCGUGCUGCUACACAAGAUACAGGGUGUCCAGGUGUCUUAUCUCCUGUUCUUUGUCAGUCUACUGUUAGUACUGUGUCAGACACCUCAGAUGUACUCUUACAUCAGGAUCUACUUACACUCUGAUUUUGAAGACAUCUUUUUAAUUUCUAUGAACAUUGCAACAUAUGGCCUGCAUUGUGCCUUACUUUUUCUCCAGUUCUUCUGUGAUAAACCACCUAAUUAUAAUAAAUACCCCAACUUAGAGAAACCAAGUCCAGAAAAUUUUGCCUCAGUGCCCUCAAGGCUCAUAUUCUCAUGGUUCACUCCUAUAGUGCAGCUUGGGGCCAAGAAACCCCUGGAAGCUUCGGACAUGUUCACCCUUGAUCAUGAAAACACUUCAAAAGCCAUAGUUUAUAAAUUUUAUAAGCAUUUGUUGGCCUCAGUUGAAAAAAUCAAUCAACCAAAAAUUUCAUAUGCCAAACGAUCUUCUGAAGUUGGAUUCUAUCGCACUGUCAAACCAAAGAUCUCUAUAUUGGCUGCCUUGUGCAAGACAUUCUGGCCAUCAUUUCUUAUGGGAUCACUCAUAAAGUUUUUCUAUGAUAUUGCAGUCUUCAUCAACCCUCAAUUACUUAAUUUGGUGAUCUCAUUUGUGUCGAGUGACGAGAGCCUGUGGAAGGGUUGCAUGUAUGCCACCCUGAUGCUUAUCACAUCAACCGUUCAGGCGUUCCUCCUCAGCCGUCACUACUUAAUAAUGAACUUUGUUGGCAACAGAAUAACAACAGCUCUAAUUUCUGCAAUUUAUAGAAAGUCACUGAAGCUGUCCAAUGCUGCCCGUAAGCAAUCAACACUAGGAGAGGUGAUAAACUUGAUGGCAGUGGAUGCAUCGGCUUUCCAGAAACUGAUGGUGAGUCUCACACUCAUCUGGUCUGCACCCUUUCAGAUCAUAGUUGCACUCUAUUUCCUGUGGCAGUUCCUCGGUCCUGCAGUGUUGUCUGGUCUUGGCUUUAUGAUUCUCAUGAUUCCUGUUAAUGUGUGGCUGGUGCGGCAAAAUAAGAGACUUCGAACUAUGCAAAUGAAGUACAAAGACGAACGCAUUAAAAUCAUGAGUGAAGUUCUGUCAGGUAUAAAGGUAUUGAAGUUAUAUGCUUGGGAGCCUAGCUUUGAACAAAAAAUCAACAACAUUAGACGGAAAGAGAUAAAUGUUCUGAGAACUGCCGCAUACUACAACACUUGCAGCAGUUUUGUGUACCUCAUGACUCCAUAUCUGGUAGCUCUUGCAUCAUUUGCAUGUUUUGUUCUGUAUGAUGAUCACAACAUACUGGAUGCUCAGACAGCCUUUGUGUCUUUGUCAUUGUUCAACAUCCUGAGGUUUCCUCUGUCCAUGCUUCCUCAGGUCUUGAAUACCUUUGUCUUGACAGCUGUUUCUAUAAAAAGAAUUAACAAAUUUUUAAAUAAUGAAGAGUUGGAUCCACAUUCAGUUACACAUGACCAUUCUGAAGGAGAUCCAAUAGUGGUGGAGGAUGGAACAUUUUCAUGGGAAUCUGGAGAUGAUAACAGUAUUGUGUUGAGAAACAUCAAUGUGCGUGUGCCUGCAAGCAGCCAGGUGGCUGUGGUGGGUUCGGUUGGCUCAGGAAAGAGCUCUCAUCCUGUCACUGUGCUGGUGAGAUGGAUAAACUCCUCAGUCAAAGUUAACACCAAGGGCAGCAUAGCAUAUGUGCCACAAAUAGCUUGGAUCCAAAAUGCCACCUUAAGGGAAAACAUCACUUGUGCACACGAGUUUGACAUGAGCACAUUCAAGAAAGUGGUCCAGGCUUGUGCACUGGAACAAGAUUUGGAAAUGUUGCCUGGAGGAGACAUGACUGAAAUUGGUGAAAAGGGUAUCAACCUGAGUGGAGGCCAGAAACAGCGUAUCAGUCUAGCAAGAGCUGUCUACAGCAAGGCCGACGUGUACUUGCUCGAUGAUCCUCUCAGCGCCGUUGACUCUCAUGUCGGUAAACACAUCUUCGAGAAUGUUAUUGGACCCAAUGGAGCUCUUCAUGGAAAGACACGGGUAUUGGUGACACAUGGAGUGACUUUCCUGCCAGAGACAGAUCUAAUUGUAGUAAUGAAGAAUGGCCAGGUGGCAGAGACAGGCAGUUAUCAGCAGCUGGUCAAGAGUAAGGGUGCCUUUGCUGAUUUUCUGCUCCAGUACUUGGAACAGACUGAUGAACCAGAUGGUAAACUGGGGGAGAUCCGAGAAGAUUUACUGAAGGACCCUUCUCUACAGGACAAGUACACCAGAGCCAUUUCUGUCCGCAGUGAGGAGUCAAAUAAAACUAACUGUUUACAAAGACAGAUCUCAACUACUGAGUCCAACGCAGCAGUGAUGGCUUCAUCAAAAAUAUCUCUCAGUAAGGACAACUGUGGCAAGCCAAUAAAAGUAGAAAAGAAAAAACUGAUGACUGUAGAAGAAGCAAAAACUGGUAAUGUAAAACUGAGCGUAUUCCUGUACUACUGCAAGGCCAUUGGUGUUCUGACGGCGACACUAACUAUCUCCAGUAUCAUCCUGUACCAAACAUUCCUGGUAUCCACGAACCUGUGGCUGUCGCGUUGGUCCAGUGACAACAGCACUGUGGUGAAUGGCACUCAGGACACCAGCAAGACACAUCUUUACCUGAGCGUGUAUGCAGCCCUUGGUGUCGGACAAGCCAUCUUCAACAUGGUGUCCAACCUGUCACUCUCUCUCGGCUGCCUGUUCGCGGCGGCCUGGCUCCAUAACACCAUGCUGCAGCGCGUCUUGCGUGCACCCAUGAGCUACUUUGACACCACUCCUCUUGGCCGUAUCAUCAACCGGUUUAGCAAGGAUAUUGACACCUGUGACACCAUGUUAUCUCUCAACCUCUCGGCUUUCCUGGGGCUGACCAUCCAGGUAAUAGCAACUGUGGUCGUGAUAACAUAUAGUACUCCUGCCUUCAUUACUGUCAUCAUUCCUAUCUUUUUAUUCAACUUCUUUUUACAGAGAUUUUUUGUGUCCACUUCUCGCCAACUGAAGAGACUUGAGUCAACCACCCGUUCACCGGUGUACUCUCAUUUCAGUGAAACCAUUCAAGGUGCUCAGUCUAUCAGAGCUUAUGGAAUGCAGGAAGUGUUCAUUUCACAGUCAGAAGAGAAAGUGGACUUAAACCAGAUGUACAAUUACCCAAAUAUGGUUGCCAUGAGGUGGAUGGCAGUGCGCUUGGACUUAGUUGGCAAUCUGAUUGUGUUCUUCUCGGCCCUGUUUGCUGUGCUCUACAGAGAAUCACUUGAUGCAGGUUUAGCUGGAAUUUCAAUUACUUAUGCUUUACAGAUAACUGCAUCACUCAAUGUGUUUGUACGCUCUUCAGCCGAUGUGGAAACUAAUAUUGUAUCAGUGGAGAGAAUAAAAGAAUAUACAGAAAUAAAACAGGAAGCACCUUGGACAGUUCAGCCAAAACCAGAUCCUCUUUGGCCAACAAAAGGAAAUAUAGAGUUUUCAGACUACAAGGUGCGCUACAGAGAAGGUCUGGAGCUUGUGCUGGGAGGUGUCUCUUGUAAUAUCUACCCUGGUGAGAAGGUAGGUAUUGUUGGCCGCACUGGGGCUGGCAAGUCUUCACUCACUCUGGCCCUAUUCGGUAUACUGGAGGCAGCUGGAGGCUCCAUCUCCAUUGAUGGGUCUAACAUCGCUUCUAUUGGCUUGCAUGAUCUCCGCAGUCGGCUUACUAUCAUUCCUCAGGAUCCAGUGCUUUUCUCUGGAACAUUGCGGAACAACUUGGACCCAUUCAACAAGGAGACAGACCAAGCGCUUUGGAAGGCACUGGAGAUGUCCAAUCUCAAACUGUUUGUCUCGAGCCUGCCUCAGGGCCUGAACCAUCUCAUCACCGAGGGUGGAGAUAACCUCAGUGUGGGUCAGAAACAACUGAUUUGUCUGAGUCGAGCCCUCCUCAGAAAGACAAAGAUAUUGAUCCUGGAUGAGGCAACGGCUGCUGUUGACCUUGAAACAGACGAAAUAAUCCAGAGAACUAUCCGGUCAGAGUUCAAGGAUUGCACAGUACUCACAAUAGCACAUCGCCUCAACACUAUCAUGGACUAUAACCGGAUUUUGGUUUUAGACAAAGGAAAGGUGAAGGAAUUUGAUGCACCAAACACUCUCAUUCAAAAUCCUCAGAGUAUUUUUCACAGUAUGGUAAAGGAUGCUGGUAUUAUAGUUUCAUCCUAACUGUGAUAUACCGAUUAAGUAUCAAUGAGAACAACACAUUUGUACUUAUGCAUAAUUUAAAACUUGAAUGUGUUCAAAAACUUAUAUUUUAUUUUAUUUUUAAACUUUAUUAAAGAUAUAAUUCACAAUCAAACGUGUAUUCAUAUUUUCCCAUGAACACUAGUUUUGCGGCUCAUUUUAAAACUAUAAAAAUACUUGACAAAUGUUAGUGUAGCAUUUCAAAGAAGACACAUUUUAAAAUGUAAUACCCUCCUCUAAGUUAUUUUCUUGUUAUCAGACACUAUGUUCUGUAUCAGCUCUAAUAUAAAAUAAAAAUAAAAACAAGAUUGUUAUUACUAUGCCCAAAAUGUUAUAAUUUUAAAUCUUAUGUGUUGCAGUUAAGACGAUUUAGAGUAAAGACAAUAUCAAAGUUGAUAGCAGCUGAGUGGAACGCUUGUAACAGAGCUCUUGUGGUCAUGACGAGAUACCGAUUUCAGUAGUAAAAGCGGCUAAAAAAAAUCUAUCUAGAAUUUUAAGUCAUCUUAUUAAUUCUGCAUUUGUUACUGGAAAUUUUCCAAACUUAUUAAAAGUUUCAAAAAUAAUACCAGUCUUUAAAAAAGGAAGCAAGCAAAACAUUUCAAACUACCGUCCCAUAUCUCUGUUAUCUAAUAUAUCCAAGAUUUUUGAAAAAGCCAUCUAUAAUAGAUUAGUAGAAUACUUAGAAAUGAAUCAAAUGUUGAAUAUUGCCCAGCACGGAUUUCGUGCAAACAAAUCAGUAAUUACAGCGGCCACCUCAUUCUUGGAGUCAGUAAUUGAAUCAAUCGAUAAGGGGGAGAAGACAGUAGGAAUUUUUAUGGACCUGUCUAAAGCGUUUGAUAGCGUUAAGCAUGAUGUACUUCUUGAUAAGUUACAAAAAAA